AUGGCGGCGAAUGAACCGACACCGGGGCCUUCGAACGCGAAAAAGUGUAGGAAGAGUGACCAAUAUACUGACCAUGAGUUACUACGUGUGUUAGAAGAUAGUGAUGUAGAGUUCAGAGAGGACGAACCAGAUGAGGGUGACUGGCAUUUGGAGACUGCAGAAACAGACCACAGUGAUGACAGUGUGGAAGCAGAACUGUCCAGUAUGUUUCGUGACAGUUCGGAAUCGGACGAUACGGGCGACGAUGAUGAGGAAAUCGCCGACGAUAAAGAACCAGCGCUCGCAGAGGUAAGCAAACCAGGUGUUACGUGGCAUGAAGAACCACAUGGGAUGCAGUAUCACCCGUUUACGAAAGCAGAAUGUUUGCUGAUGAAGCCUGCUGGCAAUACGCCAAUGGAUUUCUUUAGGCUACUGGUUACAGAUGACAUACUGCAGCUCAUAGUUGACGAAACAAAUGAUAACGCACGGAAUAUAUUUGCGAGCGCAAAUACACAAGAGGGCUCUAGAAUUAGUAAUUGGAAACCCGUAAGUAUAGAAGAAAUACUUGUCUUCCUGGGGAUUUCAUUACAUAUGGGUAAUGUCAAAUGUGCCCGACUACAAGACUACUGGAAGAGGGAUCCGCUGUUCGAAAAUAAAGGAAUAACGAUGAGUAUGAGCAGAGACAGAUAUUUGCUUAUCUUACGCGCAUUGCAUUUUGCAAAAAAUCCAGAGUCAGGCGAACCGAAACCAAAUGAUCGACUGUAUAAGAUACGCCCUAUAUUGAAUUAUUUCAACAACAAAAUGUGUAAUGUGUAUUAUCCAGGUAGGGAUCUCUCUUUAGAUGAAUUAAUGAUUCUUUGGAGGGGACGAUUGUCAUUUAGACAAUACAUAAAAAACAAAAGAAAUAAGUAUGGCAUCAAAUUGUAUAUGCUAAAUAACCCAGACGGCUUCAUCAAUAAAUGCGCUAUGUACACGGGGAUGCGUGGUGAUAUGGGGGGAAAAGGGCAUGCUGAAAAGAUAGUAUUGCAUUUGUUAGAAGAGAAGGUGCAUGUUGGCCAUCACAUUUACAUGGACAAUUUUUACAACAGCUUUGCCUUAGCUAAAACCCUGUUGAAUGCAAAAACACAUUGCACCGGGACACUAAGGGUAAAUAGGAAAAAUACCCCUAAAGACGUGGUAUGCGCCAAGCUGGGGAAAGGGGACACCAUAGCACGAUAUUCGGACGGGGUAAUGAUCGGCAAAUGGAAGGAUAGAUGA